UGGCUCGGCUGCGGGAUGGAGCUUUAGUGUCUGUGUGUUCUGGAGUCUUUUCUGUCCUGAUCAUCCCGAGCAUCCACUAAGACCUCUAAGAGUAACAGCCUGUUAGAUGACAGUCCUGGUCUGACAGUAGAGUUAGGAGGAUGGGGUCGAGUAAUGGCAGGACCUACUAUAUCGCAUCUGCUAUGGAGUCAAUAUUCAGCCCAUCCGUUGGUUGGCUGAUUGCUUGCUUGAUGAUGAUGAUCAAUCAAUUUACCUUUACUCCCAUUCAUGAUUCAUUUCCAACCUGCAGGGCCAGUCAUCCAUCAUCCCGGCCCAAUUCCCAACCCCAUUCCUCUUUUUUCCCUCUCUCUCUUUCUCUCCAGUCGGAAAAACCACGCAGGACCCAUCCAAACCUGCGUGGGAUGCGGGAGAUCACGAUGAUCUCCCUCUCUGCCAUGCAGCCUGUUGCUCACCGAGAAUCCUGCUGUUCUUGUUUUUCCAUGCGGCCGGCACUUCAAAUGCCAAAUUGCCGGAAGUGUGUAACUGUAAUUGUAGAGGAUUCUAUCCAUGACUGGUAGUGGUGGGUGAGGUUGUAGUUUAGUUGGUGAAGCGAAGCGAAACUGGAAGUGACGAGGUCAAGUACGGAGUAUCUAUUACCAGCUGAUUCCCUCCCACUGCCAUACUAUCCAAGUCCAUAUGACAAUACCUACACACAUACAUACAUACAUACAGAUACAACCUACAUGCUGAAUAUGCAGUUUAGACAAUCUCAUCACAUUAUUCCAAGAAUAACAUCGCCUCUUAUACAUAUAUUUACCUUGGCUUGCAUCUUAACUGGACCCCAAACAUGG